AGACUCUGGGAUGGAUGAGGAAGCAAUAUGGAUUGCUGCAAAUGUUUCUCCUUCACAGAGGCUAGUGAAGAUUAGGAGGAGAAAACGGCGGACACGGGAUGACAUGUUCACGGAGCUCCAGAUGUCCUCCCACGCUGAAAGAGCACAGCUGAAUGCGUGGAGGCAGUCAAUGUCAGACUACAGAAAAGCACAGUAUGAACGAGAGGAGAGGUGGCGGACUGAAUCGCAGGAUGAACAGAGCAAGUGGCGGGCUGAAGAUGAUAGGUGGCGUCAGCUUGCAGACAGAAGGCAAGAGUCGAUGCUCCAGCUGCUGGAGCAUCAAACUGAUAUGCUCCAACGUAUGGUUGAGCUGCAGGAAAGGCAGCAGGAGCAGAGACCGCCGCUACAGCCCCUGUGUAACCAACAGCCCUCCUCCCCAAGUUCCAUAGCCUCCUCACCCAGACGCCCAAGAACACGGUGCGGGGGCCUCCGGCCACCCAGUCACUCCACCCCACGAUUGCCCAAGCAUCAGAAGGCUAGCCUUCAAUAAGAGUUAAAGUUUUAAAAUGCAAUGUGUCCUUUUCCUUCCCUCCUCCCCCACCCAUCCCGGGCUACCUUGGCAAUUAUCCCCCUAGUUGUGUGAUGAAUUAAUAAAGAAUGCAUGAAUGUGAA